AUGGCACAGCGGUUCCUCUCGUCCGCCUUCAUGCUGACCGUCUCGCUGUCGUGCACCUACCUGUGUUACACGAUCAUCUUCGGCCGCACUAACGUUAUCUCGGGCCGGGCGUACGAGGGGAACCGAUGCCCGCCGAACCCCAACGCGGCCGGGAAGAAACUUCUCGCCCAGUCGGAGCAGUGUGCCCGGCUGCGGGGGGUCCGCGCCGCCGCCGCCGCUGCAGCAGCCCAGCCCGGUGCUGCCGGAUCUCCUGUUCUUCCUCCCUCUCCUCCGUCUCGCUGGAUGAGGAACGCAAGUUUGGCGCAAAGAUACGGCAAUAAAAAACUCCCAGGCGUCUUAAUAGUGGGAGUGAAGAAAGGAGGAACCAGGGCGGUGCUGGAGUUCAUUCGGAUCCAUCCAGAUGUGCGCGCGCUCGGAACCGAGCCGCAUUUUUUCGACCGCAACUAUGACCGAGGACUGGACUGGUACAGGGGCCUCAUGCCACGAACAUUGGAAAGUCAGAUCACAUUGGAGAAGACCCCCAGCUACUUUGUCACCAGGGAGGCUCCUCGCCGCAUCUCCAGCAUGUCCCAACAGAUCAAGCUGAUCGUGGUGGUACGCAACCCAGUCACCCGAGCCAUCUCGGACUACACGCAGACUCAGUCCAAGAAGCCCGACAUCCCCACUUUUGAAGAGCUGGCCUUUAAGAACCGGAGCCUGGGCGUGGUGGACACCUCGUGGAACGCCAUCCGCAUCGGUAUGUACAUCCUGCAUCUGGAGAACUGGCUACGCUACUUCCGCCUCUCGCAGAUGCAUUUUGUCAGCGGCGAGCGGCUCAUCACGGACCCGGCGGGCGAGAUGGGCCGCGUUCAGGACUUCCUAGGACUCAAGCGGAUCAUCUCGGACAAGCACUUCUACUUCAACAGGACCAAGGGCUUCCCGUGUCUGAAGAAGCCGGAGAGCAGCGGGCAGCCUCGAUGCUUGGGUAAGUCCAAGGGCAGGACUCACGUCCAAAUCGAGCAGGAGGUCAUCGAACAGCUGCAGGAGUUUUAUAGACCCUUCAACGUCAAGUUCUUCGAAACGGUCGGACAGGACUUCAAGUGGGAUUGAACACAAAAACCAGACUUGGGUCCUUGAAACUUUGUCUUGGAACCACUUUAAGGAAGCUGCUUGACAAAAUGAGCUCAUCCAAAGACUGGAUUCGUCACGGACAAAGCAGGAAGUUGUAAAAAAACGAAGGCUUGGAAUAUUUAUGGAAGACAUUUGAAAAAAUAGACAUGACGGUAUUCACAGGAAUAAUUUUGAACCACGCCGUGAGAUUGAAUGUGUGAUGUACAAACACAAAAGUUCCAUGCGCUUAAAUACAAAUGUUAUUUUUAAAUUUCAGCUCCAAACGAGAACUUGGAUGUGUUCAGAUCCAAAUACUUUACUCCUGAAAACUUUAUGGAAGAUGCUUGAGGGAUUUGUGGGUGGACCACCCGGCACGUUUUCACCAAGUGGUUGCAUCAAAAAAAAAAAAUCGGAAAUAUCAAAAUAAUCGGGUGAUGCUACACAUUUAAUCAAUUGGUUGUCGAUCACCCAAACCCUUGGUGAAAAUAUUGUUUAAGGUGUUGAUUAGCAA